AGGACUGAGGGAAGAGCACCCGCGCUGCCGGAAGUGGCCGCGCGUUUUUAGCCGCUGCGACCGUGGCGCAAGAGCCGAGGGGUCGCCAUGGAGCAAUGGGAGUCGGACGCCGACGCUGACGCCGACGAUGCCAUGGACGCGUUCCUGGAAAAGUUCCAGAACGAGACUUACAGUGGCGGCUUCCACGAGGACCAGUGGGAGGAGGAAUUUGAAAAGGUCCCCCUAUUUAUGAGGAAAGCGCCAUCCGAAAUUGAUCCCAACGAAAAUCCUGACUUGGCUUGCCUCCAGUCAAUUAUUUUUGAUGAAGAACGAUCUCCAGAAGAACAGGCCAAGACCUACAAGAAUGAGGGCAAUGAUUACUUUAAAGAAAAAGACUAUAAAAAAGCUGUGAUUUCGUACUCUGAAGGAUUAAAGAAGAAAUGCACAGACCCUGAUUUGAAUGCUGUCCUUUAUACCAACCGGGCAGCAGCACAGUACUAUCUUGGCAAUUUUCGUUCUGCUCUCAAUGAUGUGACAGCUGCCAAAAAGCUAAAACCCUGCCACCUCAAAGCAAUAAUAAGAGGUGCCUUAUGCCAUUUGGAACUGAAAAAUUUUGCUGAGGCUGUGAACUGGUGUGAUGAAGGGUUGCAGAUAGAUGCCAGAGAGAAGAAGCUUCUGGAAAUGAGGGCUAAAGCAGACAAACUGAAGAGAACUGAACAGAGGGAUAUAAGAAAAGCAAAGAUGAAAGAAAAGAAGGAGCAGAACCAUAAUAAGGCUUUACUCCAGGCCGUCAAGGCUAGGAACAUCAAGCUAGUCUCUGAAGCUGCCAGUGAGGAUGAAGAUUCAGACUCAGAAGAUCUAGGUGAGCUUUCCCUGGAUCGGCUCAGCUCGGAGAACCGCUAUGGAGCCAGGCUGAGUGUAGAUGAGCAGGGCAGGUUAAGCUGGCCCGUGCUCUUUCUGUACCCAGAGCACACCCAGUCGGACUUCAUCGCUGCUUUUCACGAGGACUCCAGGUUUAUUGAUCAUCUGAUGGUGAUGUUUGGUGAAACACCCUCUUGGGACUUAGAGCAAAAAUACUGCCCUAAUAAUUUAGAGAUCUACUUUGAGGAUGAUGGUGGGACAGAACUCUACCGGGUGCCUCUCAAGAGCACCCUGUUGCACGUGCUGCAGCACCCCAGGUACUUUGUAAAAGCCCUGAUACCAGCAUUUUUGGUCUGUGUAGGAGCCUCUGGUUUUUGUAAGAAUUACGUCCGGGGGAAAAAGGUGCAUCAGGUAGGGGCUCUUCCAUCAGCCUGGGUACCAGAAUGGCAAGACACGUGGAGCAGAGCUGAAGCAACUGGCCUGUAGAGUCGAUUGUGACGUGAACUAGAAAUAAAUGUUGUUGUAGUAGUAAGCAGUUUGUUACUAUAGCAAAGCUAAAUAAUACAUCAUUAAACUGAAACCUGCUGCUGUCCUCAAAAUCGAGUAAUUUGAGGUUUUGUGCCGUGCGCUUCAUCAUCUUUGAAGGGCAAUUUUUUACAAAGAACCAUGUAGCCUUCCUUCCAGGUGCAGGUGACUGCUUGUGGCUGGGAAGCAGAAGUCCAGUCUCCACCCUAAGCCUAGCUCAGGCCACACGGAGGCCAUUCUCUCCCCCACUGCCUGUCUAAGUCAGCACUGUGCAAGAGGCCUAACAGCAACCCUAGCGGGCACUGCAGGCUUCUGUGGAGCAGCAACCUCCCUGUCCUGGGGUAGAACAGGCCCCCGUGUGCCACCUCACUCAUCUUCACUCAUCUGUGAAACAGACUGCUUUCCCUGCUUCCUUCUGGACACU